CAUAAUCAAUCGAUGAAUUCUACGCAUCUACAGGAUACAGCAAUACUCAAAAAGAAUCAUACAACUGUUUGUCUUCUGCUGUCAGAAGUUCUUGCUGAAAACAAGUAUACAACAAAGUACGACAAUGUCGACGUCGAUGCGGUGCUUAACAGUGAGAGACUACUGAAUGGCUACGUGAAUUGUCUGCUUGACCGUGGCGCUUGCACCCCCGACGCUGCUGAAAUUAAGAAAAACCUGCCUGAUGCCUUGGAACACGACUGUUCGGCCUGUAGCGAGAAGCAGAAGGAAGUCUCAGAUAAGGUCACUCAUUAUUUAAUCGAUCACAGAGCCGAAGAUUGGAGUCUUCUUGAGGCAAAAUAUGAUCCGAGUGGGGCUUACAGGCAACGCUAUCUUCAGAACCAAGCUCAAGCAAGAGCGAUCGAUUAAUUUUCUUUUGAAGUUCACUAACAACAGUUUCUUUUAUAACCUUUCAUCUUUACGAUUUUUGAACAUACUCUAUAUGUAAUUAACAUGUUGAAAUGAAAAUAUUCAAUGAUUAACUUGAAUUUAAUGCAUAAAGUGUCAAUAAUGAAAGCAUUUAAAUUAUUAAGUACACUAAUGACUAAUCCACCAUUUCUUAUCAAGCACAGAAAUAAAUUCCAGUUUAUUUUUCAUUUGUUUUAAUUAUUCUAAUUAACAAUUUGUCAUCAGAAGAGGACGCUAUAUGUAAUCAGCCUGGAAUUUCUAGGUCGGUAAGGUAGUCUGAUUUGUGUCACGAAAAAUUACUUUACUAUAUUUUUAUAUCUCGUUAAUGUCAAAAGUAUUCUGUUAAAAUGAAAGUGU